UCAGGUUGAAAUGAGAGUGGGAACGAUACGAACGUUCGUAGUUCUAGCAACUGCUUUAUUUGCAGUCCGACUACAUGGAGCACAACGUAGCAUUCGGACUUUAAUCCAAGCGCAUGCCAAAGUGGAUCCAUGUAAAUUUUCUAUUCCGCAAUCAGAAAAAGUCGGGGAUUGGAAAUGCCGAAAUGCCUUCAGUCUACUGGACCGACUGCCCCCGGAAGAAAUCCCCAUCCCCUGUCAGAAACUCAUGCGACGCGAAGACGGCGGUCCACAUUGUCGUGAUUCACCCGAGGGGAUGAAGAAGUGCAGUGUCAAAGGCGGCGUGCUUUUCCUCCAAAGACUCCUCCAACCGGAAAUGUGGGAACUUGGUGAGAGAGACCAAUUCGUGACUUUCUCCUACUGUAUUAUGUUUUUGAGACACCGUGAACCUGACGUCCCUCUCUCAAGGACGACUGAUCUUGUUCAGAAUUAUUUGUACCCUUCAUCUGGUGGAAUCGUUCAUAGAACCGUAACAAGAACAGGAAAGCAGUUGGCAAAGAUCCAUUCAAGAGCACUUCAGGCAACAGAAGGAAUGAAAUGAGCUUUCAUCAAAUUGUAUUAUCAAGUAUAUUUGAAUAUUUUAUGCACUUAA